AUGGCGGCGUGCAGUAGGCCUAGUAGAGCUGUGAAAGAAUUGAAGGCUGUUCUUGUCGAACAAAAAAGGAACGAGUUAAUGACACUCAAAAUAAUCUCGUGUGACUGUGUCGGGGGGAAGCCAUUCAGUGCUGCUUCAGUUGUUACACAAGAAAUAUUAAGCACGUUUCAAGAUUUUCCAACCGAAAAAUCGUGCACUCUGUCAUUUGAAGAUGUCUGGGACGUGCGGAAACUCCAUGCAUUGGUCGAGAUGAACUCGGAUAAGGAAGAGAAAGAAGAUCAAAAUGAAGAUUUUCCUCAAAAGAAACGCAAACUUAAUAGACCUAAUGAAGAGAUCGAAGCUUUCGGAAAUUUAGAAAAAUAUCUAUUUGAUUUGGAUUACCACAUAAAUUGUAUGAAAAAAGUACUUCAAAGCAGCAAAGAUUCAAGAAGAAUGAGUGGAACAGAAGUUGUAAAAGUAUUGAAUGUGCAUCUUUUUAAUCCUCUAAGCGGAGGGAAAUGCCUUAUUGAUACCCAUAUUACAAAAGAAGACAGCUGUGUUUGUAGUUGUGGAUGUGGUAUUCAAAUGGAAAAAGGACCAACAGGAAUAGGUGUUGAAUCUUGCUGGCAUGGAUUUGUGGAUAUGAUUGUGCGAGGUAACCAGCCAGUUCAAGUUUUGCAGUCAACAGAUCCCCAAGAAGAGGUGAAAAUGGCAGUCGAAGUUAACAAGGAUGAACAUUUGUUUGACUUCAUUAGCUCACAAAGCUUGGGCUAUAGUCAAGUAAUUGCAGAAACAAUAACCAAUUCAUUUGCACAAGUCAACAAGCAUCCUUCUCUCUCUGGCCUUCCGAUUCCGGCAUUUGGUUGUACACCAGGACAGAUAUUAGUUUUUGCAUAUGACAGUCAUAAUGAUAUGCUAUUAAAAAAAAUGGUGGACAUGAAGCUCUUCCAUGAAGAUGUUAGCGCUGCAACUAUUGUAAUGUUAUGGCUGUAUAUUAACUUUACGAGUUUCAUGAAGAGAGACAUAACAGAUACAGUAAGAAAACCCUACCUCUCUGAAUUCAAAGCAGAAUUUUGUUCAAGCAGGUCAGUUGUUUCUUGCUACAAAAAGGCUGCAUGUGGAAUUGUUGGAUUUCAUCAUGCUUCAAAUUGGCCAAAACUAAACUUUUACAGUUCAGCAAAUAUGACGUAUAUCCAAGAAUGAAAACUCUUGUACAUGUAUCUGUCAUGAUGUAACUGAUAUUGUGCAAUAUUUUAGAUCACUUACUAGUCCACUCAUAUGUUGUCUAUAUUUUUUUGAAAAACCUAUCAAUACACAUUUAUAUAUUUUAAAAGAGGGCUAAGUGAGAUAUUUUCAGCAAAAUAUGAUAGAUAGAAAUCUUGUCAGUGCUUUUAAUUUCUCGCAAAAGAGCUUUGGGGAUCGUUCUGAAAUUUCACAUAAAUGUCACAUUUUGAGACACUGAUAAAAAACAAGAUGAGAAGCUGUCUUCUUGGAUUUUAACCGAUAUAUUUUGAUAGCACUAUUUAUCUGACAAAGCUGCUUUUUAGCUCACCUGGCCCAAAGGGGGGGGGGGG